GUGGUGACGGGAGUGGCACCACUCUCGCUACGGGGUUGGAACGGUGAUUCGUGGAACAACGGCGUUAGUGCUUGCUGCAGGAUUUCACGAGUAGGCAGCCACCCCUCGUGGCAAGCACCCCCUCGUCUCGUCGUUAAUACCGCGAGGUUUGUGCGCGCGCGCAUGUCGCUCUGUCUAUCCGUUGCCGUUCAGCUGACUCGACGCAUUCGUCGUACAAAGACGCUCCUCCAGAUAUUUGGGACAGCUGUCGGAGCGUCGUCGCGACGCCGACGUCGCGAAUUUUGCGGAUCUAUCGAGUGUGCUGUCGAGUGCGCGGCCAACCGGUUAAGAGACGCGUGCACGAAGCGCCCGUUCGCGUUUCCGGUGCUUUCUUAAAAUCGUAUCGCGCGAGAGACAGAUAUGCACGUUGAGGUCGUUCGCUCGUGGUGCAUUCGUGGCGUCAUAGUGUGUGCGUAUCAAUGUAUAUCGAGAUAGUGCCGUGCGACAUAAUCGACGACGACGAUCGUCUAAUAGCGCGCUGUCGAUUCUUGUGGUAAAGAUGGUACGAUCCGACGACGUUUUAUUUUCGCUAUGUCAAGAUGUUAAAGCACCAUGUUUAUUUAAUGUCAUCUGCCGCGAGUAAGUAUGUGGAUCAAUUGUCUUGAUCAACCGAUGGACCAAAGUCGCGAUUGAAGCAGCUUGAACAACGAUAGAGUGCACGUUUAAAUCACGCUCACUUCAUAAAUACGUGCAUUUAAUAGGAAAAUUUGUGUGUCGCAUAUUAGGUUAAUCUCGUGGGAACGAUAAGGCUGCUCGUUUAAUUUCUAGAACAAUCUGUAUUCAGGUUUCAAAAAAAUAACAGAAAAAAAUAAUAAAAAGAGAUAGAGAUAAAGAUAGAUAGAUAGAUAGAUAGAUAGAUAGAUAGAGAGAGAGAGAGAGAGAGAGUAGCUAAAAAAAUAAAACAUAUUAAAUAAUCAAAAUUAAAUCGUGUUUGACAGGAAAACUGAUCUUUAAAAUUUUUAAGUUAUAUUAUAAAGCAUAAAAUAACUAUAGAAAAUAAAAUUAAACAACUAUAAUAAUAAUUUUUAAUAUUUAUGAAGAUUGUUUUCUUUCUGUACAGUAUCGUUCAAUCAAAAUUAGUACAAGUGUUUUUUUUUUGUACUGUUUAAAAGGCAAUAUCAAAUUUUCUUCAAUUUCCAAUUUGCUCCAUAUAUUUGUAUAUAAAGACUUUGGAUUAUAUUUUGAUUGAUGUCAAAUAUUCGUGGGAUAUAAACUGAUUGGCACGAGUUCCUGGCAUUUCAUCAAGAAAAUACGAAAUCGCCAAAAAAUUAGCAGUCGAUCAGUGUACAUCUUUUCCGGAGUAGACUUAAGCAUAUAAAAUUGAAAGUUUCUCAAAGUUUCUGCUUCGUUUUGCUUCAAAUCAAUAAAUAUGGCCUUGUACAAUGAUGAAAAAUUUUAAUUGCUAGAUAUAUCAGUUUUAUAUCCAUAUUUAGGUCGUAUCAAAGCGGAAGUCACUUAAUGUGUAAAAUCACAGUUACGACAACCGUGACUGAUUUGAAGCAUGCACGCUUCUCACUCUCCCGCUUAUGUUGCACGCACAAGCGGUUUAUUUUCAUCGACAUAGAAAUCGCGAUUCCAAAAACUCAACAUUUUCUUUUUAAUUUUCUUUUUCAAUCUUACAGAUUCCUGUAAAUGAAGUCUAGUUUCUCGAAACUUGAUGAUCAGUUAAAAUGUAUCUGAUAAUUUUGCACAGCAAAAGGAAUGCAAGAUAAAUGACUGAACAUAAAUUCAAGUUAAGUGCUGCAUAUAUCUUCUUAAUUGCAUUGUAAUCGAUUAGUCGCGAUCGGAUUAAUUACUCGAGCAUUUUAUCGGUUUCAUCAACCGCGGGUGAAGUAAAAAUCGAUUUUGUUAUCGGCUUUAGCCGCUCUUAUCAUGGUUAUCUCGAUUUCCCAAACAAACUAGCACAAGGUUUUUAUGUGUUAUGUAUAUUAAAUAUAUUUUAAAAUUAAUGCAAUAUAUAUAUAAUUAGCAAAUUCGAUACGCAAAAUGAAAUUAUAUGAAGGAAUCUCUCACGAUCUACAGACGUAUGUAUUUCACGCAUAUGUAAUGUAGUACAUUGUGAUGCUUGUAACAGGUGGUAUAGAUAUAUACAUACGGCAUAGAAACAACGCGAAAAGGAAUAAUUCCACAAUAUAUCUAUUAUCCAAAGGAACGAAUUUUAUUUGAUAUAAAGAGAUAACAAUAAUAAUUAAAAUAUGUUACGUUAUAUGUAAUAUUAUAUAUAAUAUAUUAAAAUUUGAUGAAUAUAUUAUAUAUUAAUAUUUCUAUCUUAUAUGUAGUGUUUAUGAUAGUAUUGUUACCAAUCAUAUAUUAUGACUAAAUCACAUUUAAAUUAGAUAGCAAUUAUUAUUGUUCCUUAUUGCUAUUAUUAUUGCAACUAAUACUUUUAUUUAUCUCUCUCCCCUCCUUCUCUCUCUUUUAUAAAUUACUUUAAUAAUAUAUUAAAUGAUAUAUUAAUAUAAAUUCACAUAUAAUCAAAUUAAUUUAAUGUCAAAAAAAUGUGUUUUUGCUAAAUACAAUAUGAUACUUCUAUACGCGAUUAAGUCAGCGGAUCGAUCGGCUUUUCAGAGUUAUAGUAAAAAUAUCGCAUGUUCGAAAGGAGCAUCGCGAUACGUUACAAAUAAAAAGAAUAUCGCUAGAAUAAACCGACGGACGACCGAUCAUGAAUCACGAGAACGGUUGAGAGCAUCGUUGGUGCGAUAUAAUAAGAGACAGGAGAGAUGAAAGUGAAAAGAUGAAGAAGAGAGAGUGGCGCUUCUAAUUGGAGAAUGAACGGAUUUUUCAACUCACUCAAAAACCUCGCGUCCGGUGCCGCGUAUGCUACCGGCUCUGCCUCGAGAUACGAAGGGCUGGAAGUCGAAGAUACGAAAAUGAGGUUCAGUUUGAGUCCGCAACCAGGGGAAAUUACGCAAUGGCUAGACGCCAUGAAAAUGGUUGCCAAGUUACAGGGGGGGAUACCACCAGAAUUUCGGAAAAGGUUAUGGUUGACGUUGGCGGAACGUCAUCUGGAAAAACACGGCGUAGAUUGGAAGCAGGCUGAGAAGAUCUGUUUCAAUGAGUGGAGUAAUCCUGACGACGAAGAGCUCGGCAUACAAAUCGUGAAGGAUCUGCACAGGACAGGCUGCAGCCUGUUCUGCGGCGCCGCCGGUCGGGACAAUCAAGCGGUGCUUCGUCGAGUUCUGCUUGGUUUCGCCCGUUGGAACAAAUCCGUGGGCUAUUGCCAGGGUCUAAACGUUUUGGCCGCCCUCGUCCUGCAAGUGAUGGACCGCGCCGAAUCCUCGGCCGUGAAGGUGAUGAUAUAUCUGAUAGAAGGAGUUCUACCGGAGGGCUAUUUCGCCGAUAAUCUGCGCGGUCUCUCUGUGGACAUGGCGGUAUUUCGUGAUCUUCUGCGCUCGAGGCUGCCAAAGUUGUCCAAGCAUCUCGAGGCACUCCAGAGCGACGCGAAAGAUAAGGCAACGGGAAAUAGCUAUGAACCGCCGCUCACGAAUGUGUUCACUAUGCAAUGGUUUCUUACGCUUUUCUGCCACUGCUUACCGCAGGAAGCAGUGCUUCGUGUCUGGGAUCUGAUAUUUCUCGAAGGUAACGAAGUGCUCCUUAGAACGGCGCUCGCUAUCUGGGAAGGCCUUUCAAAUCGCAUAAUGGCCGUAACAUCAGCGGAUGAAUUCUACAGCAUAAUGGGAGUACUUACAAGAGAGAUGUUAGAAUUCACCGACACAAACAACCUUAUAAAGAACAUCGUUAGCAUGGGACCUUUGCAAGGUGUGGCAAAUUUAAGAGAUAAACAUCGAUACAACAUCACCCCAUGGGCGCGCAGGCUGAGUGACGACGAUGACAGCGAGGCGGAAGAGGAUGAGAGAGUGGCUGUAACGGCUGCCAUGUUCAACAUGGCCCAACGUAUAAAAAAAGAUCGUAUACCUUCGACAAUAGGAGCAUUACAAGCGAUUGCACCCAGCAGUGAUCGAGACCGCCUUGCUCUCGAUAUUAGUACAUUGAAGCAGCAAUAUGCAAAACUGCGAGAACGGCAGCGACAGGCACACAUAAUACUCUCUGCCGCGUGUGCAAGACAGACUAUGGUAUCUGCGCCCGCUUCUACAGCCAUGAAUCAUCUAUUAGUGGGCAAAAAUGCCCUCGUAAGUGGAAAGAAUCGACCGUUGAGCCUGCCGUCUGCCACUGCCACAUCGAAGUUACGACCGACGGCUCUUCAUAGCCCAAAAAAUCGUAGGGAGAGACAAGGUGUUACGCUUCAUUGGAAGGAUGCAAAAAGGCCGAAACAAAGGGCCGGCGACUCUGGUGAUGUCGAUGCCUUUGGUACAGCAUUUUUACAGUCGCCUCCAGAAACGUCAUCUGUGACAUCGCCCAGCCGGGGUACUGCUGACAGCGAUAGUGACAGCACGUCAACGGAAUUGUGCGACGAACCGGAUCGUCUGAGCGACGUCGAUAGCGAGGAGCUUACGUCAGCGUCCGACUCUUACGUCAUGGCUACGGAUGACGAAAAGCAUGCUUGCAUCAAAGGUUCAUCGACCUCGGCGAGCACACCUGCGCGUUCGUAUAUUAGGAGCGAGUCAACGGUGAUGAUCGAGGAAUCACAGACGGAUCCGAUUCUCGGAACCGAAUGUAACGAUAAAUCCCCGUCCUUAACUGAAAUUUCGAUCGCCAAGAUCACCGAUCAAAUACGAAGACUCUCGGCGGAGGAUGACAAUAACACGACAGUUCCUCAGAUAUUAAGUGUGCGCGAUAACGACGAGCUAUUGUUGACGAGCGAUUAUUCGAUCAAGAAAUCAGAGGCGAGAAAAACGGAAUCUAAGUCGCAGGAUUUCAUCGAUUAUACGCCGAGCGAGGAUGUGACGAGUUCGUCGUCAAAGACUAUAAAUAAUUACGAUUAUUUAAAUCUCCAAUCUAAUCUCGUCGAGAAGAAGAUGGAUGAUAUUCUAAUGCACAAAACGGAUCGACUGAAAGAUGUAGAGGAAAAAAAAGAAAUUGUUCAGACUAGCAGUGAUACAGGCCUUAAGACGGACAUAAUGGAAUUCACUGCGAAUAUAUUGCGAGAUAAUUCCAAAGAACAAACAAGUAUCUCUUUGGAUAGAAAUUACGAUAAAUUUAUCGCGCCUUUAGACACUAACGACAAACCUUUCGAUUCCACCUUAAAAUUUUCCAGCAGAGUUUAUCCUGAUUCUAAAAGCAAUAACAAUUCAAACGAUACGGAUAUUGCGAGUAACAGAAUUUUGGAUGUCGCGACAGAGUCACGAUCUUUUUAUUCCAAGAGAUAUGUUGUAGGUCAUCUUCCAAUUUCUCCGAUGACGAUGGAUGACAAACUAACGAAAUUAUCACCUGAGGUAUAUAAUGUUGCGGUAAACUCGGGAAAUCUGACAAGUUCUGAAAUGGCUUUAAAGAAAGAUGCUUUUAGCGACAAACAGCAAAUGAAAUCGUAUUCUGACUUGAAGAAAAGCUCGAAAUCUCCGGAGAGCACGAAGUCGUUUAGCUCUGGAGAGACAAUGGGUCCCGAUUCGAAGCCUUCGAGUCUGACAGUGAGUCCGAGAACACCAAUCAGAUCGGAUUCUCGUGACUUCACGAUAGACAAAUCGGCUUGUUCGUCCAUCAGCUCAGAUUCUAAGACUCUCGUUCUCCAUUCUAUGGACUCGGAUAUCGUGCACGACAAUCCGAGACCGAUCACGAAGAAAAUGUCGUACGAAAAAUCGAGCCCGUCAACUCCAAUUAGUACGGAUUCUCUGAGAAACAAGUCCGAGACGAGCCCGAAAUUGGUCAUUAGCAGCUCCAGCGAUUCGUGCAGCCCGAGCAAAAUUAAGUCUUCCGAGAGAUCAUUCAGUUCCGAUCUGCAAUCGCCCGUAAGUGCCAACUCCAUAAAGUAUACCUCAAACUAUGGUAAACAAGGCCAGGAUAACGUGUCGGAUUCGCCACUCGAUUUGAGCACCGCUACUUCGCCAUUUUAUCCUAUCGCGAAUCCUAAUCAGAAAACACCGUCGCCGUACGGUGCAAGCAAACAAAGAUGCAGCGAAGACAGCGCCGAAACGUCGCCUGAUCAGAAAUCGAUCAACUCGAAGGAUUCGGGCAAGUUCUCUGGAUAUCAAACGAAAGUAGAUAUCUCGACAAAAUCAAUCGAAACUAAAGGAAGCGAGAUUUCCGAGAGAGUCUCCGAGAGAAACGAUCUGUUUGUUAGAUCGCAAUUCGGCUUGAACACAGAGUUGAACGCGAGUUACACGUCGAGGGAGAAGAGCAAAGCUGAUUUGAGCUCUUACGAAUCGAUCGACGGCGAGUCGCAUCGCAAGUGCGGAGAUUACGUUGAUGACAAUACGGACGAUCCGCUCUCUGAAAAGGAUAUAGUGCCUCAAUUGCCGUAUGAGAAGUUCGACAAGCAUUAUCUGAAUUACAAUUACAGGCGUAGAGACCGAUCGCGACUGACCGAGAGGAGCUCUAGCAGUCUGGAGAGGAGAUAUACCGAUCUGAAGUCUUCAAUCUCGACCGAUGAAUUCAACACGACUAUGGCAAAGAAAAGAUCUAGCGAUAUCCUGGAAGACAUGAAGCACCUGGAAGCAAAGGCUCUUAGCGAUGGCCCGUCCGAUACUAAUAUGCUGACGAAGAAGUCGAGUGACAUCUGGGAGAAUAUGAAAAGUUUAGAGGCGAGACGGCAGGAUACUUUCAGCAAUUCAGCGAGCGGCUUUUCGAAACGACGACUAGAAAUCCCGGAUAUAAAUGUAACGAGCGAGGGUAGGAAAUCUUACAUAGUGCAUCCUAAAAUCAACAUCGACGAAAACAGCGAUAGUAUAUUAAAGAGCAUAACAUGCAACAAAAACAACAGCGAUACGGAUGACGGCAGAGAAUCGAAAGUCGGUGUGUGGACGAAAGUAAAGCCGCGUAAGAAGGGCGACAACGGGCGCAGAAGCAGCGACAGGGCGUUAAAAAUUAUUCAAGAAAACUCGGCGAUAUUGCACAAGAUACUGGCUUGCCAGGCGAAAAAACGUCUACCAGAUCUGGAGGAGAUAUCCAAGGAGAUUACCAUCAGUCCGAUAAAUGAGGAAAUUUCCAAGAUAUUCAGUCCGAUUCUCGAAAAAAUGGGACUAAACGAGCACGAAAUAAACGAGGAAUUGGCACGGAUAAAUUUCAAAGACUUCGACAACAUGAGCGCCACCAGCGUAUCGGAGUUCGACGCGAAGAUCAAUGAAGAAUUAUCAAAACUUUCUCUCAUUGACGAGACGGAACAAAUCGAUCAUCUGGCCGUAGACGAGAUCAUAUCGCACGACUAUUUGAACACGCGAGAGGCGCUCAUAGAUCAUAAGAUAAACGAGGAACUCUCUAAACUGCUUGCAAACUAUGAAGAUGAGUCUCCACCGAGCAUGAUUAAUUUGGAGAAAGGCUCCUCUAGCCAGAACAUAAGCGAGAUGGAGAGCCUCGAUCUCACCAGCAUUUCAACGAACGUAUUUUCUUAUAAAUCCUCUAACGAUUCCAUCGAGACCAGGAGCGACUUGGAAUCAGUGCACGAAGCUGCGAUACAGUCGGAAAAAUUCCCGUUCGCGACAUUGAAAUACGAAAAAAGCAUAUCGCCCAGAAGCGACAUAGACAUCUACAUAGAACUGGAAAAGCUCAACAAGAUCUCUACCGCGCAGAUGCUGCCGGAAACGCCUCUGAAAAUAUCGCCGAAACGAUUGUCACCCAUUACGUAUAUUUCUGACACUUUACCUUAUCCGGAAAUACCGCCCGCGACGAGAUACGCGUCAAAAAUAAGCCCGUUCGAUACUACGUUGCUCAAGAAGACUUACGAGCCUUACAAGAGUUUCGACUUCCCGAGCAAGCCGUCGCCGCGGGACAAUCCUUAUAUCGCGUACGAUAAACCAGAUGAUUCGUUCGAGUAUAUGGAUCUCAAGCCAAGAAUCGCUAUCGAUCCCUACGAUCUGCAUCUGAAGAGCCCGAUAUUAUCCAAAGAAUCUUUAGAGUUUCGCGUAAGAUAUGACGAUGAGUCGCCGAAGCCGAUUGGCGGUGAAUAUGCAACCGUUCAGGAUGAUAAACCGACAUUUUCCUUAAACGCAACAAGUUCUUAUUACGGUAAAGGUAAUAAUAAAGCGCUUACGCCGUCGAAAUCUAUCAACAAGGAGAAAAAAUGCUUGGAUAUCGAGGACUAUUCUAGCGAUAAGUCGGAUUUUCUACGUCAUAAGUACAGUACCUUGUCGCCAAAAGAAUAUUCUUACAUCAGAAACACGGACUAUGAUAAACCAUUAGGCACGUUGCCACAUGUUAUGGUAGAGACAGAGCCGGAUAUCGGUUCAUAUCUGUCAACAAGACAUCGCGACUAUAAUGUGUUAUCGCCGAGUCGUCAAUACAGAGAUCAAUAUUUCUCUUCAAGACCAAAUCAUUAUACCCCGCAAUUAUCACCAAGUCUGGCAAAUGAAGCGAAAAGGCCUGUCUCGCAUCCGGAAUCCCCGAGCAAAAUAAAUGUCAGCAAGUAUGGAGAUUUAACGAGUCAAGGAUCGAAUAGUUACAAGAAGUCGACGUUGAGCCUCGGUAACAUGGAGGAAAACGUGAAUAAAGACGAGAACGUUGAUACUACUCCGAGUCCGAAGACACACUUUAGUCCAUUUCCCGUUAGAAAUAACACGAGAAAACCUAAAGAAUUGACACUGAAGUUGGGUCUAUAUUCGCCGAAGAGCUCCGAUUUCGAUCAAUUGAAAAAAUCGUAGUGCUUAGUGAUUUGUCGAAGCAGUAAAGCUUUCGACCGACGCGAAAGUUUAUAUGUGAGCUGGUACGCUAUUACGAAAAGGAAUGUCUAUGUUCGUUAGUCAAUCGUGUUUCGAUACAUUCUUAUAUACUUUACGCAAAACGAAGCAUACCCGAUGCAUUUCAGUGAGUCGCGUAUCGAUUUUCCGAAUUUAACAAAGUGGGCCUAAAAAAAUUGUCGCCUAAGCAUUCCUAAAUCGUAAUGUCCGACACCGUUAAACAAAUUUAAUAAUAUAAGCUUGAUUAGUCGUAACGUAUUUUUAAGAUAAUGAUUAAAUAAAGUAAGGUCGUGUAAGUUUUUCAGUGCUCGAUCGGGUUAUAAUUCCGAAUUACGAAUAAAUUUUCAUUUUUUUUUAAACAGCACACAAAUUUGUUUUGAAAAAAAUCAGGCGUGGCGAAAAUCAAUAAUCGGUAAUAAUAUAAAAAUUAAUACGCAGAGACUGCGCGCGCGCGUUAUAUCAUAAUCGCGGCAAAUGCAAAAUAAUAUCUCCAUGAAUGCAAUUAAAUUUGGGAAUAUUGCUGAAAUAAUACGUCGUGCGUUAUUGACGCGAUUACGAAAUAGCAAAUUCGGGUAAAGCAGAUUAAUGAUAAAUUCAAUCCCAAUAUUCGGCCACACGUGUCUCUCGCUUUCGAUCCUUUAUUUCAUCAUUAAUGUGCGCUUCACAAAUAUUCGAAUAAUCGUAUUCAUUCAAGCUGUUGUUUAAAAAAAGUCCGAAAGAAAUAUUACAGCACUUGCAACGCUCGCAUAAUACAAUCGUUAAAUUUAUAAUUAAAUGCCUCCGAUUCCCUCCAGUUUUGAACUAUGUCAAAAUUUCCUACGAGAUAUGCCUUCCAAACCGAUCGCGAUAUUCUCAAAGCUUAGAUUAAUGCUUAAUUAAGAGAAUUUUACGAGAUGUCUUUCUCAUACAUCUUAAUUGUAUUACUGCUAGGCAAAAGAAUAAAAAUCUAUAGUAUGAAUUAUUUUGAAAAAACAAUAUACGACGUAAAUUUAUAAAUUAUCAAUGUAAAGCUUUAUUUUUUAGUUCGUAUGUUUGGGCAAAUUUAUUAUAUAAUUCCAUAUAGUUUUAAGCAAAUUAUGCAAUAUAAAUUAGAUGUAAAGGAGAUGGAGAGAUUGUAAUGUAUAUAUAUAUUGUAUAAUUUCAACUAUUGACUAUAUGUUACAUAAAUGACUUGACAAGAUUCACUCUAUCUCUCUCUCUCUUUUCUUUUCAGGAUCUUUUUAUAAAAAAAAGUAUAAAAGUAGUAUUUUUAGAUGUUUCUAAUAAGAAAUAUUCAUAUUAUCGCGCGCGAUAUUAAAAAUCAGAUUGCUUAAACAAACUGCAGUUUAAACGCGUGAACUUGUUACUACGAGUUUAAAUCCUUGCUCACAAAAAUGGCUUCAAUUCUAUAUAUAUAACAAAGUUAAUCGCAUUAAGGGACUCGCACGAGACGGUUCUCUAUUUUACCGCAACGAUUUGAACGUUUCUUAUCGAUAUAUUUAAUUAUUCGCUUAAAAGCCUACUUGAAUAUAAGAAAGAUGCUUCUGUAACUUACAGUAUGCAAAAAAAUAUCAUUGUAAUUAAUUUCUUUUCAUACAAUUUACGCAUCAACGCAUCUGGUCAUCACAGCUUAUGAUUAGCCUACUAGAAUAUUUCAAUCAUCUGUGAUAGUUUAGAGAACGAUAACAUACAAGAUGUUAACAUAUUAACAUAAAAUAUUUAUAUAAUUCAAUUGUUAAAUUAAGUAUAUAUUCUUUUAGUAAACUCUUUCUCUCUGUCUAAUUAAUAAUUUAACAAAAAAUUUAGAUAUAUUCCAGAUUCUUUUAUAUAUUACAUUAAAAAAAAAUAAUACUAAAAUAUAAAUUAAAUUCAUCUUUAAUGGCAAUUUAUACAUGCAUUAUUAAUCAGAGAACCUGAAAAUCGCACAUAUAAUCUUCAAACUCACUCGAUAUCAAUUUUUCAAAGAUAUACAUCUUGUACGAAAGCUCAUACAUUUUCCACGUUCAUUUACCGAAUAAUACUUGUCAAUUACAAUAUAAGAAAAUUAUUGAUAAAGAAAAAAUGUAUGAAAUUAUUGAUAAAAAAAACUUCCAGCAAAAAAAAACAGAAUUUAUAGAAGUUUGUUUUGAUAUUGUAAUUAAUUUUUUCUUACAUAAUAAUAUAUAUAUUUCAUUUGAUUUAUUAACGCAUACCAUAUAAAUUAUAUCGAGUACUUAAAUAUGUCUUUUCAGUGGUAUACAACAGAAUACGUUAUAUACCUAAACUUAAGUUCAUAAAAAUUAUGGUUUAAACUUCAGUUAUCACCAUUUGGUUAUCACAUCGUACGAUUGAAUUCACGAAAUCCGAAAGUAGUUUCAGAUGCCUGUGAAAUAUGGAAAGUAUUCGUAAAAGUGCUGGAAAAGAAAAGCGACGGCACGUUUAAAUAGCUUAAAUAAGAAAAUAGUUAAUAAUGCUACCGAGUAAAUUAGUGGAUACAACCGCACCGUUAAUACUAUUGCUAUUGUUACGAACUGUCAGCAUCUGUCAAUAUUCUGCACUCUCAUUGCGCAUCCGGAGAAAUUAGGUUCACUUUGUUAAAAUUUUAACCGGAAAUAAAACUGCUCGACAAUAUGUACACUUAAUUCAGUUCAUAAUGUUAUUUAAGCUUCUCGACGUAAAGUGUUUUUCGAUAUUUACCAAAGCAUACGUUGCAACAUAUAUGGAUGAGUAGCGUUUUUCUACUGGAUCAAGAUACAGAGAUCGAUUAGAACUUGCAGCGGAUGAAUACGCAUAGCCUGAAUGAAGAUAUCGCGUGGCGCGUCGAUAAAAUGCAAAUCCUACGUAUAAGUCUCGUUUAGAAACAGAAAAAGGAAUAUAUUUAUGGAUUAAGGGCGCGUGUGUAAUAUUGUUACGUGAUGUUUUGAGAAAAUUAUUGUAUAUACACAGUGCGAGUCACAUGCCAGAUAUAAGACUGUAUAUUUGAAUUGCAUAGAAUGAUAAGCCGUUAUGGAUAAAGAAACUGAAUAAAUAUAUUGAGAAAGUGAA